CCGCUAUCCUUGCCCCGUCAGUUUCUUGACUUUCCUUCCGACUCCUGCGCAGCUUCUUCCCGGUCUUCUGCUCCGUCUUACCCCCGGCCUGCCUCCUGGUUGACAUGUCGGAGUACAACGCGGUACCUCCGCCCGGCUCGGGGGCUCCUCUCGGCGGACCGGCGGCCCUCGGUAACGGAGCCGGAGGCAUCAAGAAGGAUGCGUUUGCGGACGCGGUGCAGCGGGCCCGGCAGAUUGCAGCUAAGAUCGGAGGUGAUGCCGGUCCUCCCGUUAACAACAACGCCGCUCCAGAUGGCUUCCCGUUCACUGCACAGAAACGGCAGCUGGAGGACGCAGAUGAACCAGAGAGCAAAAAGCUUGCUGCGCAGAGUGACAUGGAUUCGGCCAAAGCGCUGUCUAUCGGUGCACAGUUAGCUGCUCUGGCACAGCAAAGACCUACCUCCGCCACAGAGGAGUACAGUGUUCCAGACAGCAUGGUGGGACUCAUCAUCGGCCGUGGAGGUGAACAGAUCAAUAAGAUCCAGCAGGAGUCGGGCUGCAAGGUUCAAAUAGCUCCAGACAGCGGAGGCCUUCCAGAGAGGAACGUCUCACUCACAGGGUCCCCCGACUCAAUACACUCUUCCCCGGCUAGGAAAGCCAAGAUGCUGCUGGAUGAGAUAGUGUCGCGAGGGAGGGGAACGCCCCCGUCUUCUUACCACGAGUCCACCAACGGGCAGAACGGCACAGUUCAUGAGAUGAUGAUCCCAGCUGGCAAGGCCGGCCUCGUCAUCGGCAAGGGAGGGGAGACCAUCAAACAGCUGCAGGAGCGUGCAGGCGUGAAGAUGAUCCUGAUCCAGGACGCCUCUCAGGGACCCAACGUUGACAAGCCUCUACGCAUCAUCGGAGAUCCAUACAAAGUCCAGCAAGCCCAGGAAAUGGUUCAGGAGAUUCUGAGGGAGAGAGACCACGGCGGCUUCAGCGACAGGAAUGAGUUUGGCUCUCGAAUGGGAGGAGGCAUGGAUAUCCCGGUUCCACGACACUCGGUCGGCGUGGUUAUCGGACGCAACGGAGAGAUGAUCAAGAAGAUCCAGAAUGAUGCUGGAGUCAGGAUACAGUUCAAACAAGACGAUGGGACUGGUCCAGAUAAAGUCGCCCACAUCAGCGGUCCGCCCGACCGCUGCGAACACGCUGCCCAGAUCAUCAACGACCUGCUGCAGAGCAUCAGGGUCCGAGAGGAGGGCCAGGGGGGUCCCCCAGGUCCUCCAGGGAUGCCUGCAGGCAACAGGGGCCGAGGCGGGGGACAAGGUGGUUGGGGUCCGCCUGGUGGGGAAAUGACCUUCUCCAUUCCUGCCCACAAGUGUGGCCUGGUGAUUGGCCGGGGAGGAGAGAACGUCAAGUCCAUCAACCAGCAGACGGGAGCCUUUGUGGAAAUCUCUCGACAGCCGCCCCCCAACGGAGACCCCAACUUCAAACUGUUCAUCAUCCAGGGGUCACCGCAGCAGAUCGACCACGCCAAGCAGCUCAUUGAAGAGAAGAUUGAGGGUCCUCUGUGUCCUGUGGGUCCGGGGCCAGGUGGACCCGGUCCUGCUGGUCCCAUGGGUCCCUACAAUCCCAACCCAUACAACCCUGGACCACCUGGGGCUCCUGGACCACCUCAGGGGGGUCCUCCAGGUCCUCACCAGUACAACCCUCAGGGCUGGAGCAACACCUACCAGCAGUGGCAGCCCCAACCACCCCACGACCCCAGCAAGGCAGCAGCCAAUGAUCCCAACGCGGCCUGGGCGGCCUACUACGCUCAGUACUACCAGCAGCCAUCGGGGGCCGUGCCGGCCCAGUACCCCGCUAACCCAGCCGGAGGAGCCCAAACGUCAGGAGACCAGAGCCAGCCGGCACAGACACCGGGGGGCCAGCCGGACUACACCAAGGCCUGGGAGGAGUACUACAAGAAGAUGGCCCAGACAGGUGGAUCUGUACCUGGAACAGCAGCUGCAGCUCCAGGAGCAGCAGGAGGAGCAGCUUCCUCGACAGGAGGCCAGCCGGACUACAGCGCCGCCUGGGCGGAGUACUACCGGCAGCAGGCGGCGUACUACGGACAGACAGGACAGGCUCCGGGCCAACCGACCACUCCACAGCAGGGACAGGCGCAGUGAGAGUUGAUGGCAGAAGGUCUCUGACGCUGGAGAAGAUAAAGAAGAGGAGUGUGAACUCGAGGCCAGGAUCUAGCCAUUUAAGUUAUAUAUCUAUUUUUUAUUUGUUGCAAGGAGAAAUGACGCCCUUCCUCCCCGCCAAACAUCAUCCGGAUCCUUUUUAAUAAAAAUGUGAACUGAACAAACGUUCUCUGCUGCUGAGGAGGGAGAAGACUGAUCGAUCACGACACACUAUUUUGCGAAGCUUCUUAACGCCUCUGCAAACGUUUCUCUAUACGUGGAAGCCUUGAAACGCUUACUCCAAUGACUGAGUUGCCAAUAAGUCAUCGUUGAUUCACUCUCUUCAUUUUAAAACACUUACCUUUAUAUCUCAGUGUUCUAUUUACUACAUUGCACAGCUUUUAGGACUAUGAUCAUGCUGCAUAUCUGGCACAUCUAGGACUUUUUAAGGCCCGUAUGAUUGUUUGGAUCUUUUAAUUAAAUCGUCACGUUUCCCUCCGUUGAGGCUUGCAUGGGGUUUGGACUUGUGUAAAUUUCCUUUUUACGUAUGAAUGUGUUCACCUGCAGUAUUUUGUACGACUGAGACGGCUUCACAUUGUACAAAUGAGAUUCUGCAUUUCUGAAUUAUGCAUGUGGGACAAUUAGUGACUGCUGAAGGUUUAUUGGGCAGAAACAUGAAUAAAAACAGGGCUACCUUUGACUGGUGGAACAGUUCCUAGCGGUAAAAUUCAUGAGCGAUGAAUGUGAUUAUGUAUAAAAGUGGAUAAUGUGAUUUAUGUUGCCAUGAUUUAAGUUUCUUUUACAUAAUUGUCACUUAAAGACUCCUGUUUGAGUUUUACAGCGUCUGAAGCAGUUUAUUCACUUGAGAUCUUUAGUUUUUGUUUUAGAAAAGCGCCUGUUUAUUGUGGACUGUAGGCCAAAGUGCAGGGAAAAAUACGCUUUUUUCAGAUUCGGCCAGCUUGAAGUGAACGAUCAGUUAUUAAAAUGAUUGUCAGACCUUUUCAAACCAACAUAAUGCCACAGAGCAUUCACAGAACUUUCUUCUAAAGUUUCAUCUAAGGCCACAUUCAAGCCAAGUUGUGAUUUUGUUUCCUCUCAAAGUUGCACGUUAUUGUCUUUUAUUUAGUUUUUUAGGGAAUGCCAACAUCUCUUUGCCUUUCCGCAGUCAUUGUUUGUGUGCAGAAGAUUGAGAAUUUAGUCUUCCAAUGUGUCCCACUUUAAUAUAUCUUGUAUGAUUCCACAUAUUCAGCAAUAUAAAGCUGUUGGUUUCCACUUGCAGACGUGUGCAUCAGGUAUGAUUCUUGUAUUCUGAACGGCAGCUGUGAGUCUUGCCUUUGGCGGCAGCGUUGAUGUUGUUAAUAGACGACCACCAGCAGCAAUAAUCUGAAUUAAAAAGGAAAAUGUCCAUUACUUUACAA